UGUAAGGUUACGAGCAGUGGGUGGAGUUACCUGGUCACUGGUACUGUUCUAAGAGGGACUGAAGAUCUGCUGCUGCUGCUCUUUCUUUAAGUCAGGGUUUCCAAACUUCAGUACCAUCAAUAGAACAUGAUGAGGAACAUUGCGACAUUCACAUUGGUGUCUUUCACUGUGAUCUGCCAUGUUACAGGUUUUUCUGGUGACACUAAUUUGACUAGCAGUGAUGGAUCUAUAACCAGCAUAACCAGAUACAAUAUUUAUUCUACUAUACAAGGAUCUGAAAGCACAAUCUCCAACUCCACAAACCAUGGCAGUAGCAUUUCCUCAGAUGAGUGUUCAGACGUCACAGCAACCUGCAGUAUGGCUGCAAAGUGCUGCCAGAUGGGAGUGGGUGACUACGGCUGGAUAGCUGCGGCAGUGGGCUGGGGCCUCUGGUUCAUCACUCUCAUCCUGCUCUGUGCAAACAAGCUCAGUAAAAUGGGAGUCGACGAACAGAAAAAGUACAUGCGAGCCUGAGGACUGGGCCGAAAACCAGAAAUGAAACAGUUUUACUUUCCUAUAAGCUCAACCUAUAUGUCUGAAUUCUUUGAAGCUUUAACUGUAGCUUUCACCAUUAAACUUCAAGUAUCCACCAGCAUAAAAAAAGUCACCUGGUAACUGUAUCAUGUUCCCAAAGGUAUUACAAUCCAACUUCUGUGACCAUUUCAUUCAUUUAUUUGUACUUUUAUUUUGUAAUACAGUUUUUGAAGCUACAACACUGUAGGGACCCCUUCACCUCCAUGGUGGUUUGUACUUCUUAACGCCCCCCAUGUAUUUCUUUCCAGUUAGAACCUUGGUGGGUGAUAGACACUCCUCGGAAUAGGACUGUAGCGAGGUGGGUAGUCUCCUGACACAUGCUAUGUGGCAUUACUGGGGGGAUAUCCUCAUAUGUACAAAACAAAUGCCAGCUUCAACUAUUUAAAUAGUUUUAUGUUUGGUACGGUUAAAAUCCCAAUCCCUGCAUGAAAAUGAUCUCACCGAUUCCCUCCAUUCCAGCCAUGUGAGAAUGUGGCCAGAGUGGAGGAAACUCGGGACUGCAUUGGUUUGCCAGUUGGUCAAUGAGUUAUGCUCUUUAGUUGAUUGCGGUCCAUCUGCAUAGUACAGUACAUGUGAGUAAACCUCUGUGUGUGUGUGUGAGUGUUGUGUGGUUGUGUGUGUGUGUGUGUGUGUGUGUAUGUGUUGUGUGGUGAGGUGUGUGUGUGUUGUAAUGUGCUUUUAUAGAAGCCCUAAGCUGGGCAGGGUACUUGUUUGUUUGUAAAUUGUAAAGCCUGUGUUUGUUUUAUUUAGUGGUUUUACUAAAAAAUAAAAUUGCCUAAAAAUUG